AUGGGAGCCCGUGCUGAAGCAAAGGUGCCCAAGGAAAGCACAGCUUCCAUCCGGACCAGUGAGGAACUCAAGCUGUCGCCCACAGUCUGCAAGAUUGGCCGAAGCCUGAACGACAUCGGCGGCAGCCCACAGGUGGAGCGCAGACGGCGUAACUCGUGGGGCACCAGCGGUAUACCCAAGCUCUCGUCCAACCCACUAGUGGCCACAUUGGCCCCGAAGCUGCGCCGCGCUGCUUUCAACAGGGUCAAGCCUGCAGCCGGUACGUCCUUCUGUGCACAGAACACAAGUGUUGCGGCACUCAUUAUGGCGACACAUCAGAGAGGAAACAGGCACAUGACAGUGUAGAUACUUAAUAAAAAAAAUACAGUU